UUUCUCUUAACCGGAAAAAGCACCGUCAUCUACAGAAGUUCUUUGUAGAUCUCAGGAAAUACAAGGGAAAGAGGAAAGAACCGAGCAGAAUGGCGAAGCCAUUAGGGCCGACUGGUGAAUUCUUUAAAAGGAGGGAUGAAUGGAGGAAGCAUCCGAUGCUGGUCAACCAGUUCAGGUACGCCACACCCGGCCUUGGCAUCGCCCUCAUCGCCUUCGGUGUUUACCUUGUUGGUGAAGCCGUUUACAACCGCGUUAACAGCUCCGAUCCCCAUGCUUCUCACUAAAGAGG